AAUACUCAACUAAACGCGGAAAAAUUACGCAUUCAUAUCAUACACACAGAUCGAACCAUUUAAAUUUAUAUGUUCUUUGUUAGCUUUAUUUUUGUUAUCAUCAACUUACUCUUGUCAUUGUCCACUGUCUUGUUUGGCUAAAUUCCACACCAGUCGAGUUUUUGAUCCUGACGUAGUUAGUAUGAAAUCGGUAAAUUUUGUAAUAAAUGGUUGUGGACAAGUGAUAAAUUUUGUUGGGCAACUGCUACUGAAUUCGAUAAAUUUUGUUUGGGGGUUGAUACUGAACCUGGUAAAUUUUGGUGGAGAACUACUAAAUUUUGGGGCGGAAUUGCUACCGAAGGUAUUAAAUUUUAUUGGGCAACUGAUACUGAACCUGGUAGAUGUUGCUGGAAAACUGGUACUGAACCUGGUAGAUCUUGCUGGGCAACUAUUAAAUUUUGUUGCGGAACAGUUACCAAAACUGGUAAAUUUUGCUGGAAAACAGGUAUUGUACCUGGUAGAUUUUGGCGGGGAACUGAUACUGAACCUGGUGAAUUUUGGUGGGGAAUGGAUACCGAAACUGGUAAAUUUUGGUGGGCGAUUGAUACUGAACCUGGUAAACUUUUGUUGGGAAUUGCUACUGAAUUUGGUCAAUUUUGCGGGGCGAUUGCUGAUGAAUCUAGUUGAUUUUGGGUGGGAACUGAUACCCAAGGUGGUAAAUUUUGGUGAGCAAUUGCUAUCAAAGCUGUUAAAUAUUUGUUGGCAACUGAUACUGAACCUGGUAAAUUUAGGCCGGGAACUGGUGAAUUUUGGUGGGCAACUGCUAAUGAAACUGGUAAAUUUAGGCCGGGAACUGGUGAAUUUUGGUGGGCAACUGCUAAUGAAACUGGUAAAUUUAGGCCGGGAACUGGUGAAUUUUGGUGGGCAACUGCUAAUGAAACUGGUAAAUUUAGGCCGGGAACUGGUGAAUUUUGGUGGGCAACUGCUAAUGAAACUGGUAAAUUUAGGCCGGGAACUGGUGAAUUUUGGUGGGCAACUGCUAAUGAAACUGGUAAAUUUUGGUGGACUAGUGUUACUGUGGCUCAAAAUUUUCACUUGGCAAGUGCUACUGACGGUUAAGAAUUUUGGUUGGCAAGUGCUAGUUACGCUGAAAAGAUUCAGCAGGCAAGCAUUAGUGAUACUGGAGGAUUUUUGUGGGCAAGCACUUGUGAAUUGGUUUGAAAGGAUCAAUCACUGGUUUCACGUAGCUUUACCCUAUCUUAUAACUAUCGCGUUGUUUAUAUCUCUCUUCGUAUAUUAUUGCUACUGCCAAAGAAGAUUACUGCUCAAGGAAGAAGAAGCGAAGAAGGUGAAGUUGCAAAAAAGAGAAAAGGCUGAAAGUGAUCGUUUAUUAGAACUCGAGAAGAGAAAGAAGCAGCGUUUGGAGGAAAUGAGAGAAACUAAAAAGAAGGACGUUGAGAAUAUGAAAUUGAAGGAGAGGAUACGAGACAAAGUUGGAAAGGAACUCAGUAUGCUUGAAAUGACAUGCCAUGAUAUGGCAUCACUGCUGCGUGGAUUGGGAAUCACUGUUGGUGGUGGCACUAUUCAUGAGGUGCAUGUUGCAUACAGAAAAGCAUUGCUGAAAUUUCACCCAGAUAGAUCUUCAGGAUGUGAUAUACGACAGCAAGUUGAAGCUGAGGAGAAAUUUAAGCUUAUUUCUCGAAUGAAGGACAAAUACUUACCAACUUUAUGACAGGAAAAUGA